AUGGAAGCUAUCAAUAAUGAAAGAUUAAUCAAUUUACAACGAGGUAAACGUUAUAUGUUUAAAGGAGUUAAAGGUCGACCAGAUGUCAUACGCUGUAGUGUCGAUAAUAAGGAACUCUUGUGGAAUUUAAAAGCAUCUCAGAUACUAUCAACAGUAGAAUUUAAAACCGAACAGCUAAUGAGAACUUUGAUAAAAGAUGGAACUGAAUUGUUUGAGGCAUACAGCACAGCGUUGACAAUGGAAGAUGAUGGAACAGAUGAAUAUAUUUGGCAUCAAAAAAUCAUUAAGAUCAUUAGACAAACAUUUGGAUAUAUGGGUCACACGGAUAAUUAUGCCUCGUUCUCUGAAUGUGUACGGUAUUUUGAAACAAUAUCUACAGCAGACCCAAUUGUGUAUUCUUCACCACCUAAUGAGGAUGAUGGAAAUGAUGAUCAGCCAUCGGGUUCUUAG